AUGUCACAAAACCAACGUUUCUCAGGUGCAUCUGUGCACAGAGAGCAAGAACAUGACGUGAUGGAGUUGCAUCCGGAAGAGCUGAUGGUAUCUACCCCAGUCAAUACACCCCCAAGACAAGAUCCCAUCGAAGCUGCGAGAGAAGCGGCGCGCGAAGCCGCUCGCGCAGCUGCAAGAGAAGCAGCUCGCGAAGCGGCGAGAGAGGCCGCCAAGGAGGCCCGGAAAGAACGAAGAAAGAGAGAGGAAAGGCACAGGAAUAGACAUCAUCCGCGUGAGUUCAUCAUACUUGGGCGGUUGGAACUUCCCGAAGGGUGCCAUGCUGCUUAG